GUAUAUUUUUAGCGGUUUUUUAUCUGAUUGUAAACAUUAAUUACUUUUAAAGUGAAAAUUAUUAAAAAUGAUGACAAUUAUUGAAAAGUUUAACGAAUUAGGAAAAAAUCGAGAUCAACAAGGACUUGAAUCGUUGAUGAAUGGACUAAAUGAAAUUGAGUUAGUUAAUCUCAUCAAAAAGGAUAUAUGCAGUUCUAAUUUCACAGAAACUUGGAAUUAUAUUUUAAAAUCAUUCAAAAACACUCCACAAGAUCACAACAAAAGAAUAAAUUUAGUUAUUAAUUUACUAAACGAAUUUGAAAAUAGGGAUCUACCCCAGUCUAGAGUAGAAGCUAUUUUAAAUCGUCUAAAUCUUGAAUUACCCCAUUUUAAAUCGAAUGAUCUGGCCAAAAUAUGCAAUUUUUGUUUGGAGCAAAUUCAAACGAAAAAAUCUAUAAAAUUCGUUUGGAAAGAUUUAUUACCAGGAUUAUUAAAUGUAUUAGUUGAUAGAGAAACUUUUACUUAUGAAGAUUUAGAUUAUACAGGGGUAGAAUAUAAGACGGAGUUUAUAAAUACAGUUUGUAUGUCGUCUUGGUCUCCAACUAUCAUAACCCCAUUAACAACUUUGUUUAUUGAUAUGCCUCUAACUAAAGAUGAACAUUUGAAAGUCGUAAACAAAUUAGGUUCUUACAUAGAAAAACUCACACCUCAAGAAAUUCCCACUUUUAUAUAUCAACUGCUUCGUUUAUGUAAACAACAAAACGGAAAAUCGGUUUUUCUAAAACUCCACCAUUAUUUUAAUUUGAGAAUACACCAAAACGCGAAUAAUAUGAGCGAAGAUUCGCCUGAUUCGAUGUGUUUCGACUUGAUAGCCACAGAUAACAAAGACACAAUUGAAGCGGAAAGUACGGUUUUGUAUCAUAUACAUACGGCCGCUUCUAUGGGAUACGAAUGCAUUAAAGAAUACUUGAAUUCAUUGAAAAACGCAAUAAAAGCUCCCGAGUUUAUAUUAAAUCCCUUCCAACUAAUGAUACUUUUCACUAUUUCUACAAUUCCACAUUACGAAGAAACAGUUUUUGAAAUAAUAAGACCUUGUAUAGUGAGAUCUUACAAUGAAGAUCAACGGGCCACUCACUCAGCUUGGUUUAGAGAAAUGGUACAAUCUAAAAAUAAACCAGAAGAAGUGUUGAUGCAGGUCAUACACUCUAGUUUACAGGAUAGAGAUUUGGUUAUUUCGGGUUUGGUUAAUUUCGCUUUCGUUCUACUUGAAGUGGGAUCUGCUCUUGGUAGAGACGUAAUAGCCGAGAAACAAUGGAACUUGGGAAAUAUGAUUUUGUUAAAAAUAAUUAAAAGAAAAAGUAGCAUCGCUUCCAAUAUUAUCAAAACGCUUGGUAAUCAUAUAGUUUCUAGGCAAAGUGUUUCUCAAUAUAUAGAAUGUUUUUAUAUUUUGAGUAGAUCUAUGCCUUUGGUGAUGUUAGAAAAUCAGAGUUGUAUAAUCGAAUUGAUCGAUUGUCUUGUACAAUUACAAGCUCGAGUAGCCGAUCAAUUACUAGAUGCUUUAAUUCCAUUGGUGAAAGUAUCGCCGAACGUUAGGGAUCAUCUUAUAAUUUAUUUGAGAAAAGCUCUUUAUUCUAGAUUUGUAGAUACCAGAAAAAUCGCAGUGAAUGGCUAUUUGAAACUAAUAAAAAAUUUGAAAAUUUCGAAUAUGGCCGCUCUCAGCCAAAACAGCAUCGGUUCAUUUGCAUCUGGUCACUCGGUUUUUACUCAAAUAUCAAUAAACAAAAAUACCCAAAGCGCCACGGCCGGUAAUUUUAGCAACGAAUCGUUGUGCUUAGAAAUAUUGACUAUACUCAAAAGAUGUUUCAUGCAACAAGAAAACGUCAGAACCAAAUUCUAUCAAGGUUUGUACGAUGUAGUUUGUCUAAAUCCUCAACUGUGUAUCCCUGUACUGGAUUUACUUUGGUUCCAUUUUAAAAAGUACUACGUUAUGGAAGAGGACCAAUUGCCACCAUUAGCUUUCGAUAAAAUCGUAGUUUCGAAAGAGGCUCAGAUGAUUUUGGAAGAACCGCUCGGAAAAUUGAUACACACUAUCGGUUUAAUUGUAACGAAAAUUUCGGAAUUAGAAGACGAAAAAGAAAAUAUAACUGUCGUUAAAUUUGUUACCGUCCUAGAAUCGUUAUGCAGACGAAUGUCCAAUUGUGAGUUGAUUCAUUUUGAGCUGGAUGACGGUACUGAUUUGUUAGAUAUUAUACCGGAAUCACAGAAAAAGUCACACAUUUUAAAAGAAGCUAUGAGUACUUACGAAGCGCUUUUAGGUUACAAAAUAUUUUCUUGGAAUUUACAUUCCGAUAAACAGAGUCAGACGGUGAAUAGUUUAUUUCAAGGUUAUAAUAGACUAAUUCACUUUUCGAAAUCUCUUUCCAAACCUAAAAAAGCGGAAUCCAAAAAGAAAAACGCGAAUAAGUCCACUCAACCUACUCAAACUCAAAAAAAAGAUUCGCACAAAUCUGCGAAUAAAUCAUUUAAAAUUCCUGAUACCGUUUGGGAUUUCGAAAUCGCCAAAAAAGCUUUAAAUUUAUUAUACGAACCGAAAUUAACGUGGGUGACAGCUUCAGAAGCUAAUGUAAUAAAAACGAAAAAAGAAUUACACCAACACGUAUUAGCGGCGACGCUAUUUUUGAUACGCGAGGUUAAACGACGUAAAGAUUUGGAAACUGGAACGAAAAAAAUUUAUUACGAUCACAUAACCGAAGUAGCGUCGUUACUUUUCAGAGGAAUCGUCCGAAGAAUGAACGAAUUCGUCGAUUUCGAUUCGGCGACGGCGGUUUUAGCUUUGGAAUGUUUCGAUUUGAUUUUGCAUACGAUUAAUGUCAAUUACAAACCGAAUCUGCAGUCGUUUUUAAGUAAAAUAGUUUCUGAUGAUAAAAAUGAAGAUAUAGUAACAUCGUUGACGGUUAUAGUCGAAAUUUAUGAAAAAAUGUUUGAGAACGGCGAAGAAGAAGCCGUCGAUGAUCCUGAAUUGAAAAAAAUCUCAUUGAUAGCCGUCAAUACUUUAUCUUCUCUAAUGAAUCUAUCACCUAACAUCAGUACCUCUCUAUCAGUACAGAUGUUGGAUUGGUUGAAAAGUUUCGCGUACAACAACACCCUCACAAUAAAAAAUUCCUCUUCUUUCAUUAAUUUAUUAUUCGAGAUUCAUAUGAAAUACAAAGUUAGUUUGACUUUGUUCGAGAGUAUUUCGGUUAGUCUUGGCGACGUUAUCGGAGUUAUAACGGAAGAAGAACACGUUCGGGAAACUUUCAAGAUCGUAAACGAAGCUAGCGUGAAUAAUAUAUUAUUAUCGUUAUGUAAUUCUCUGAAGACGGUCCUGGAAGAUAUCGAUGCAGUCGUGGGACGAUUGAAAUCGGAAUAUUACAUCAUGAGUUACCCCGGAGAAGAAACUAACGAUAAUAGAAAGGAAAAUAUGAAAACGAAAGAACGCGGGGUGUGUUGUCAAUUGUGUUUCGUCGUAACCAUUUUAACGAAUCUCACUAAUCUUCUGAUAUCGCCCGGAAAUUUAUCGGAAGCCAUUUUUAAGAACGUCAUAUCCUUAUUCGGCACGCUUAGUUCUUUGACUAAAUAUUUUAAUACGAGGUCGUCGAAAAUCAAUCUAGUUUUCCAAAGUGCGAGAUUUGAGAGGUUAGUGAAGCUGGCCGGUAAACAACUAGCGCCGGCUAUUUACAAAUUCAUUCCGCACUUGGAGGAGAAUCAAAAAGAAUCGACGAAAGCUACGCAAGAUAACAAAAGGAAAACCGCCGACGCGAGCACAUUGAAAUCGAAAGUCCUCCGCGAAACUAGAUUAUUACCGAAAACUAUCUACGAAAUGGAACAAUUCAGCAAAUGCAUUAUCCAAUUAUCCAAUAAAACCAAAGUUGAUAUGUCGAAAUAUAUGGCGCAAGGAACCGUGAGGGACUUUAGAAUCAUGAGAUUGAACGAAGCCCUUAACGGAGAAAACGAAGGAAACGAAUCCGUUAUCGAUGUAACCAAAUCCAGUUUGGACGAUUCCAAAACUAGUAACGACGAAUCCAGAACGAGUCACGAAGAAUCGAAGAUUGAAGAUAAUGAGAGAAGCGAAGAAAGUGCAGAUGAAGAAUCUGAUCAAAGACCGAAGAAGAAAGUUAAACGAUAAAACGUUACAUUACUUGUAUUUUGUUACUUUGUUUAUAUAAUAAAUAUUAUAUUUUACCGAU